GAGCAUAAAAAGGAGUGUUCACUUCACACUUCACUCUUCACCGUUCAUCCUUCAACCUUUUCUCCACUAAACCAAAUCCUUGUUCUUCAAGCAACAAAUGGAACUUCCCAUCUUACUUCCUUUCCUCUCCUCUCUCCCUUUAUAACAAUCAAUCCUCUUCUUUUUUCUCUUCAUAUUCCUCUCUCUAAAAAAACAACUCCACUACACUCCUCAUUCACAUCACUCUCAAACCUUUUCAACUUUCACAAACAAACAUGCUUAAUUUUCACCUCAAAAACUCUUACUUUACUUCCCUCACAACUAUAACUCCCUUCCUCUUUCUUCUACUCCUAAACCAUGUUGAAUCACAAGCUUCCAUGGAACCUGUUCCUACUGAUAUCUCUCAUCAUAGAUGGAAUCCUUCCUUUGCAAUCACAGCUGGUGCAGUACUUUGUUUACUUUUUAUCCUAGGAAUCGUGUUUUUCUACAUCCGAAACUGCGUUGAAUCGCGCAUCGUUGUCACGAGAAGCAACACAACGGAUUGUCCAUGUUCAUGUUCACAAGGUAUAAACAAAGAACUACUCAACACUUUCCCUAUCCUUUUUUACUCAACAAUCAAAGACGUUAAAACAGAUAAAGGACCAUUGGAAUGUGCAGUUUGUUUAACAGAUUUCAAAGAACAAGACACUUUAAGAUUACUACCUAAAUGCAACCAUGUUUUCCAUCCUCAAUGCAUUGAUUCAUGGUUAGCUUCUCAUGUCACUUGUCCCGUUUGUCGCGCAAAUCUUAACCAAGAUUCUUGUCAAGUUGCAAUGACCAUCCCAACCAAUUUCAACAAUGAACAAACAUGUGAAGAAAAUUCCGAAACCGUACCCGAAAUAACUCUCAAUAAUACUACCAAUGACCAAAACCAAAACCCAAACCAAAUUGACUCUGACGCGAACAAAGGAGAAAGUAUCAAUCAUGAUGAUGGCCAUCCAUCAAAAUUGAAACUUUUGAGAUCAAAUUCAACUGGUCAUUCAUUGGUUGAACAAGUGAAGUGUGUAGAGAGAUACACACUGAUGUUACCAGAGGAUGUUAGAAGGUACAUUUUGGUUAACCAUAGAAAAAGCUUUCAGCUUUCUAUGAGCAACAACAUGGUUAAAGGGUUAUGUUGGAAUGAUAAUGAAGGAAUCAAUGGUGAUACAAAAGUAGAGAAAUGGGUUUUGUGUGCUAAACAUGGUUGAGGAAUUUCAUCAAACAGUUUCUAUGCACUAUCUUUGCACCUUCUGCAAACAUCGUUCGUACAGAAAAAACUUCUUGGAAUGAAGAAUGAUGAUGUUCAUGUUAAUUCAAUAAAUGGGUCAUUGUUAAAUUUUGAUGGGUUAUGGAAAAUUAUGAAGUAUGAGUGAUGAAGCAGAGAAGAUUGAAAUGGAAGAUUGAGUUAACUCGUUCGCCUUUACUUUGUGAUGUAUGAAAAUUGCUUCCUUGUGAGAUGAGUCAACUCGUUAUUUACAUUUAGUAAAUUUUUAGGAGUAUGAGAGUGUAGCAAGCAAGUACCUUUUCUAAGAUUUCUUGCAGUUCUUUUUUUUAUUUUUUUAUUUAUUUUAUUUAAUUCAUUUAUAAAUCACCCACUACUAAUUAUAAGA